AUGAGUAAAGCCGGAUCAGAUGUAUCAUCAAUAUCCUGCUCGUUAUCAUUAGAUAGCGAUUCAUGUGAAGACGAAUAUUAUGAAACAAAUUUAAACAAAUUAAUUGAAAAUACAUCAUUAAAUUGGAUAUUUGUUGGAGGGAAAGGUGGAGUAGGAAAAACUACAACAUCUUGUUCUAUAGCUAUUCAAUUAGCUAAAAAAAGAGAAUCCGUUUUAUUAUUGUCAACAGAUCCUGCGCAUAAUACCAGUGAUGCAUUUAAUCAAAAGUUUACAAAUAAACCAACAUUAAUCAAUUCUUUUGAUAAUUUAUAUUGUAUGGAAAUAGAUACAACGUUUUCAGAGGAUACUGCAUUUAAAAUAAAUAAAUCUGAUUUUUUUAAUAGUAUUAUUCCUGAACUUUUACAAAGCUUUCCAGGUAUUGACGAAGCAUUAUGUUUUGCUGAAUUAAUGCAAUCCAUAAAAAAUAUGAAAUAUUCCGUUAUAGUUUUUGACACAGCACCUACUGGCCAUACAUUAAGACUUUUAGCUUUUCCUGAUUUAUUAAAAAAGGCAUUAGGAUAUUUAAUUAAUUUAAAAGAAAAACUUAAAGGAACACUAAGCAUGUUGCAAAGUUUAACAAACAAUGAAAUGGAAUUUGAAGGAAUGUAUGAUAAAAUAAAUCAUUUAAAUACAAUGUCAAUAAGUAUUCAAGAAAAUUUUCAAAAUCCUUUAAAAACAACAUUUGUAUGUGUAUGUAUCCCAGAAUUUUUAAGUGUAUAUGAAACAGAAAGGUUAAUACAAGAACUUACAAAAAAAAAUAUAUCUUGUUAUAACAUUGUUGUAAAUCAAGUUGUUUUUCCAUUAACUUCUCCAGAUGUAAAUAUAGAAAAAUGUGAAAAAUUAUUAAAACAAAUUAAAGAUACUAAUAUACAAAAUUCAUUCAAUAGUCUUAUUUUAAAGGCUAAAGAAUUAGAAGAUGUUUAUAUAUCCAGAAGAAAAUUGCAAUCUAAAUAUUUAACACAAAUUAAAAACUUAUAUGGAAAUUAUUUUCAUAUCGUUUGUAUGCCUCAAUUAAAAACCGAAAUAAGAGGUUUAGAUAAAAUCUCAAACUUUUCUGAAAUGCUUUUACAAUCUAAAGAUAUACCAAUUUAUUCUACUUAA